AUGCCGUUCGACUACCGCGGGGGUAUCUUUGAAGCCCUUCCAGUGGAAAUCUGGAACCUCAUCAUUGACUUUCUCCGUUGGGACCCUUGGUCAAGUCUUUACGCCCUUAAUCUCGCUUGCCGGGGUUUCCACGAGAUCAUGCCCCCUGUGUUGUUCAAGACAGUCCAUAUCCAUUUUCCUAGGCAUGGGGGUGGAGAUCCUAAACUGGAUGCCCUUCUCAACCCAGACUGGGGAAGGCGGGUACACCAUCAUGUUCGGAUUCUCAUUGUAUCCCACGGUCAUGCGUUUAAAGGGGAUUACAGUGAACUGAUCAACACAUUGGUGGAAGGACUACCAAAUCUUGAGAUCAUUAGAUGCCGGCAUACUCCAUUUCCCCCGGGUCUUUUGUCGAACCUCACGAGCAGACAUUCUCCUCCGGUAUUCUAUUACGAAGGGGAUCUCAAGGACCUUGAGACGAUCAAUGAUAGGGCCGCGCCCUUUAUCAAAUCAGCGAGCCUUACUUUGAACACAGUCAGCGCAAGAAACGUCGAUGCAGAUCCACACUGUGUAGCCCUGCGUAGUCUGCUUCCCUCAUUGUCGAACCUUAGUCGAUUAGCUCUCCAAUAUCGCGCUCCAGGUGCUGAAAGGUCAAGGCCAAUGCUCGACCUCCCCCCCGGCAGCACCUUGCCGUCUGUCGAGGACCUUGUAUUGACAAAUUUUAGCUUCAGCGCUGACCAAGCAGCUAGUUGGACACGGCUACUGGAGGCUGGAACCAGGCUUCGCAGGCUGGCGUUAGAUGGCACGAUUCUUGAUCUAUGCCAGUUUAUUCACCAGCUAUCGAGCUCUGGUGUUCCCGGCGGCCUAAGGUCUUUCUCCCUUCGAGUCCAGGACACCUCGUCUCGACUCACGGAUUCCGCUGCUGGAGUCCACGAUACCUCGCCCCGAAUCCCCCCGCAGCUAAGCGAAGCCGUCACCUCAUUGCUACAUCGUACAACCAACCUCACGGAAUUCCUAGCGUACGAUCUCCCAAAGCACAUCCUCCACAUCGUGGUUUCUUCCCACGGAGGCAACAUUCGCCGUCUAACUUUCAGACGCACCAACUUUACGGGACUACAGCUUGGCGGCCCUAUAUACCCACCUACGGGUGUCACCUUGCUGCGUGAGAGCUCCGCCUACAAAGGAAGUCUGUUCUCACCGGAUGAAAUGCAGGAUUUCGCCCGGAGGCUCCCACUUCUUGAAAGACUAGGGAUCGACAUCUGUUUCGCCGGUGACUUGCACCUCGAUAUCCUUCACGCCAUAGCCUCGUUUCCCAGUCUGAAAUUCGUUGAACUCAAUACGCCUCACCCCAAUGUCCAUCCCCACUGUCGGCGGAGACCCUCUUCCAAACAGUGGCUCGAUUGUUCUUUUGCCGAGAAGGCAUUCCGGCAUAUCGCGGACCGGAAAGACGAUCUGUGCCGUAGAGCAGCAGCAGACGGUAUGGAUAAUCGAUCCUGGUCGAGGCUGAUGGGCCUGGAUAUUAAAGAGGGCGAGUGGGAGCCGCUUGUAUCAAACUACCGUUUAUUGAAAGUACAUGGUCGCAUAUAUGCAUGCUGGCGCAAUACUGCUAGAGCCCAGGGAACGAAGGUACAUACGCUGGAACUGCCCUGUAAAUAUGAGGGAUAUCGCCGCUGCAUCGAGGAUAACAUGUAUGAGCAAACAAUGAUCGCAGCCGGGCUCUGGGCCACAGCACAUGCGGAUUGUGGACCAGCAAUUUGGUGA